GCUUCCUGUGUGAUAAGUGACCCAAACAUUUUCGCAGGCUCCAUCGCAACCUGCACUCAGACGCCCUUUUUGAAGCUUUGGUGGGAAAAAAAAAAUCAACAACUGUGACGCCGCUAAGGUUGGGGGAGGAACAGAAUUCAAAUUCAUUCCUUACCGCUAUUUUCCAGCAAUGAAAGCUACUGUGUAGCCAUUACCGCGGUGUGAAAAGAGCUGUAGGUUCACCACCAUGUUGAUGAAUUCUCUUUUAAAGUUGCAAAUAAGAAGCGUCUGUGCAACAGCAGGAGAGACUUGAAUCCCCAACGCAUUUCACUUUCCCCCCAGAAUUAUUCAAAGGCGGUAGAUCGAGCAGCAAGAACGAUCGGAGGACCCGUUCGAUGAUUCCAAAACAACCGCGUUGAUUCUCAAUGUUCAGGAAUGCGAACGGGGCGGCUGGGGGACCUUGAACGUUCGGAGUUCAACGCCAGCUGCUUCCGCAGCGUUGCACGCGCACGCCGCAGUGCAAGCGCUUCCUUCCUUCCUGUCGGCGGUUUGGCCUCUUUUUCGAAGAUGCGAGUGAGAUGCGUGAUAGUCAGAAGCAGACUUGACUGUUUUCGGACGAGCAGAGCAGUAUGCAAUCGGUGUCUAUUGUGGCUGGACUCCACUGUGCGUUACUAAUUUCUCUCUUUUUUUUCUGACAGUUUCCAGUCUGACCGCAGGACGACACAUUUCAUUGCAGCGACUUCCCCGGCGAACGCUAUUUCCUCUGACAACUUAGUCUUGCGCUAAUCUCGUACGCCUCCGUUCGCUGUCGAGAUGCCAGUAGCGUCGCUUCCUGUGAUACGUGUUCCUCAAGUCGACCGCAACUGUCCUCUGUUAUUCAUCAGCCCGAGAAGAGCAUCUGCCCAUGAAGAGACGAGCGCACCUUUUAGUUGUCAAGAGGACGCUUGUGAUGCGAUAGUCAUCUAGUCGGAUCUGCAGGCGCGUUUGGCAUUUUCAGCCAUGCUACAACAAUCAGAGCUGAUUUUCGACUUCGCCAGUGAUCAUGUUAACCUGUCGGAGUUGGGGCUUCGCUCGGAUUUCCCUGCGGUGCUGGUGGAGCAGAUCGCAUAUUCGAGCUUCUUGCGUGACGAGCCGCUUCAAGCAUCUCACCUAUUGUGGUUAUGCGCUGUUCUUCACGCUGUGCUCUAAAGUGGAGGAGCCGACCGAAAGUGGAGACGAGGAGACCAUGGAAACACUUGUUGCUGCAGACUCACUUCUGGACUUGGACUGUCCUGAUACCCUGUCGCUGGAACACUACUCCCAGACCUUUCUGCCAGCGCUGGGCGAUGUCAUCACUGCUCCUGUCACUCAGUUGACUUUGUCUGCAGAGGGGAUUGUGGGAACUGUUGAAGAGCCAGAAUGGCACACGUUGCACACAAAUGAACCCGCGACACAGCUGCAGUCCAAACAGAGAAGUAAAAAACGACAUCGAAGGGCGGAGUCUCCUACUCCUGACAUAAAAGUGAAACGGGAUAAAUACAAUAAAGGUGGAACCACGCUCUACCUGUGGCAGUUUCUGAUGGAGUUGCUGCAGGACAGACAAGUUUGCCCCCGCUACAUUAAAUGGACUAAUCCCAACGCAGGGAUCUUCAAGCUGGUCAACUCAAAGGCGGUGGCGAGACUCUGGGGCAAACACAAGAACAAGCCAGAUAUGAAUUAUGAGACCAUGGGCCGAGCACUCAGGUAUUAUUACCAAAGAGGCAUCCUGAAUAAGGUUGAAGGCCAGCGCCUUGUCUACCAAUUCACCUCACUCCCCAAAGACAUGAUCUACAUCACGGACGGCGACAAAGAGGAAGAAGAACGCGAUGACAACAGUGCUAAUGAUGGAGUGAGUGAGGAUUCUGAUGACAGCACAGUAUCUACAAGUGAUCAAUCGGCGAAGGAGGAAGAUUCCAUCCCACCAAAGAAGACGUCAUUUUGCUCGGUCCAGCGGAUUAGGCCGACUCGUGACACCGUCCUUCGACCCGCCAGCUCCAGCCUCAUCCAGGAGCAACAUUUGCCCAUCGUGUCUGCCGAGAUGUUGCGCACCCUUCAGAACCUGCAGAAGGUCCAGUCCCUCCAGCCGGCCGGUCGCGCCUCCGUCUUCAAAACGGCUCAGCUGCUGGGGAGUCUGUGUGAGCAACAGGAUUCCCAGCAAGGAACCAAAGCUUCUCAGGUGGAGAUCUCGAAGCUGGUGCCUCGUAUUGGCUCUGACCAGUAGAUUACCGAGUCGCGCGCACACACACAUGCAUACGCACACACGCAUACGCACACACUCGCACACUCACUCACUCCACUGAGCUGCAUUGUCAGCGAGCGUUUGGAUUUGAAAGAACCAAAACAAAGCCCGUAGCAGAUGACAAAAGCUCCUGAUGUCCUGAAUGGUCCUCUCAGUCCCUUGUAUCUGGUAAAUGCACAAGAAACCAAAGACAUGCACUGGAACCUGCAGCGUUUCUGCACGCAGCCCCUGCUUGCACUUCUGAGUGGCACACUGUGCUCCUCCGCCAUGAUUCUCGCUCCGUGUAACCUCUCUCGUGCUCAAUCAUUCCUCUGCCUUGACAAUGACUUUGCACUAAGUAAUGUUUAUCCCUGCUGUACGUUUCUUCUUGAAGUGCCUGAUGAGCUCAGUGUAUCCUGUCCCUUCUUACUCUUGCUGAGGGUAGUAAGGGAAACAUUCCACUUUUUUUAAGAUUAUGGAAUUAUGUUUGUGUUUCGAAUUGCUAAAAAUAAGGGAUCACUGUUCGAGUAGUAAUUUAGCACUGCUGCUGUUAAUAUUUGAGGUACAGUAUCUACAGCAGACUCCUUUUUGUUUUUGACAAUCACGAGUGAUCUCGGUCUUUUAUUUAGCUACUGUGUCGCCUGGAGUCACACUGCAACUAUGGAGCUUACCUGCUAUGCACUUGUUGUUUAUUGAACCAUAUAUAUUUGCCUAUUUGGAACUCUAAAGCUUUGAUAUAUUUACUUAUUGUGUAUUUACUGUGUGUCAGUGAACAUGCUUGACUUGUGCCUUGUUGCCAUUUUUUCUCUCUCAGGUUUUGUUUUGCUUAUAUGCAAAAAGUAGAAUGGCUGGCCUUUCAUAAUGAAGUAAUGAGAAGGUCAAUGUUUUUUUGUACAAGUUUAUUACAUUUAGUUGCUGCCUUUGUUUGAACCUCUUUAAGGCAGCCCACAAGUUUCAGAGCACUCCUCACAAAAACUGAACUCAAAAGUCAAAUUCAGAUGUUUGCGUAAAACAACAUCUGUGACAAUACCUUAGGUUGCGAGUUAGAACUGCCUGUGCGCCCCUUGGACCCCUAUGCAAAAUGUUUUCUACUUCUUGGAGUCAUUUGGAUUCCUGUCUGUUUGCGUUAUGUUGAGAUGUCUCGAUUCAAUGAGUUUAAAAGAUACGGAUUUGUAAGAUUUUAGCAGAGGGAAUCUUGGCAUUUGUUUUGUUGUUUUGUCUGCUUUGAUGAAGUUAAAGAUAAUGCCCUGCAUUCAUCAAAUAAAUAUACUCUGUUCAGUU